GAGUUCACCGCCAGGUCCUGUUCACCACUGUGGGGUGGUUUGCUGGCUAUUACCUGGCUAAGCGCACGGAGUACAUGUAUGCCAAACUGGACAGAGAGCUGCUGGAGUACGUCAAGCAGCACCCCAAUGACUUCAAGGAAGCAG